AUUGGUCCACGUGUCAGGUUGGAUGAACUUCAUCCAACCUGGAUUGCACCCAAAUAUUGUCCUGGACACAAACUCAGAAACGAUCAAUAUGUAGCACGUCUUUCUCGGUCUAGGACGCGGGUCCAAGUAGUGGCGGAGCAUCAUCUUAUAAGCAACUGUUAAAUGAUCCGCAUACUAGUUUUGCUUCCAAACAAACGUCAGUUUUGUCUUUUCAAUUGAUUAGAGAACAGAUCAAUUUCAUGGAAACAAUGAGAUUUUCCUCAUUCAUGUUGUAUUCUCACUCCUCAACAUUUCCGUCUCUCUCAUUUUCUUCUUCCUCUUCUUCUUCUCUCUCUCCUUUCCGUACCAAAUCCACAAAUUUCCUUUCCUUCAGAUCUCUAUUCCCUAUGAAUCCCAUUUCCGAUGGAAAACGAAAUCUCUCUGUUGUGUGUGGCUCAAAGGCCGAAGAUCGAAAUCAAAAGUCUUCUUUUCAGGGUGGUGAAUCAUUUUUUAGGAGUGUCUUGGCGAGUAUGGAAGCAGUAUAUUUAAAUAGGAACCCUACUGCUAAAGCCAUCUUGGAGCUUGUUGGUUCGGUCAAUGACGAGAAGAUAUGCUAUGACCAUCUCGCAUUUAGGACAUUUGGGAUAAACGGAUAUGGAAUUGAUUCUAUGGCAAAUUUUUUCCUUGAUUUUGGUUAUACACAACAAGAAGAGUUGAGAUUUCCAGCAAAGAAGUUGAAAGCACUCUGGUUUUCUCCUCCAAGUGUUCCACUUUCUGACGGGGGCAGUGGUGUUAAUGGCCCCUUUCCUAGAAUAUUUAUAUCAGAACUUCUUGUGGAUCAAAUGAGUCCAUGUGCUCAGGAUAUUAUUAAAAAAUACAUUGAAAAUUCUAGCAGUGGAAAUAAGCAUGCAGUUCUUGCAAGUGCACUGGGAUCUUUAACAUGGGAAAAGCCCUUAUAUUCUGAAUUCCAACAAUUGGCAAGGGAAAGUGAGUAUGCAGCCUGGACCCUUGUCAAUGGAUAUGCACUAAAUCAUGUCACCAUUUCCACUCAUAGGCUGAAAUCUAAAUUGAGGAAUAUCAAAAGUCUCAAUCAAUUCAUUGAGGAGAAUGGGUUCAAGUUGAACUCUGAAGGGGGUGUCCUAAAGGUGAGCCCUGAUGGUCUUCUGUUGCAAAGUUCAACUGUGGCAGAUUCAGUCUCUUUCCAUUUCUCUGAUGGUGUCACAGAAUCAGUCCCUUGUUCUUAUAUUGAGUUUGCCGAACGCCUUGUAUUGCCACAAUACAAAAAUUUACCCGAAAAUGAGGUCAAGGAGUUACAUAGGCGAGACGGGUUCGAGGUUGGAAAUGCUGAUAAGAUCUUUGAGAGCACAUCCAAGGAGCAGGUAACCAGGAGGACUGCAUGAGAAAGUUCAAUCAUUUGACAAAGUUAACAGCUUCAAUGGGGGAAUAAGUAUCUGUCUGGUUUAUGCGUAAGCUCCAGUGGAAAUGGUUUUUUAUAGCUAUAAUGGUGUAAUUUUGUAUGCCAUAGUUUUAACAGUUUAAUUUGCUUAUUUUUGUGAUAUAAAUAAGAGGGGUUUAAUAUGAGCAGGAAAAAAAAGGGUAUACCCAAGCUGACUAGAACUAGCUUGAUGGAUUUGGAUGGUGUAUUCAACAAAUAAAAUUCUUUAUAGCUGAAGUUUUUACUUGGGCCUAAAAUAACUCUACAAUGUUUAUAUAUAUAUAUAAUUUCUUUUCUCUUA